AUUUUUAGUUUCCCGAAUAACCUCAAAAUUCAAGCUCUUUCGGUCGCUUAUUUUUCGUUAAAAAUAAAUUAAAUUGGCAUUUUUCAGAAUGAGGCAGCACAUUACUAUAUUAUCAAGACUGGCGUACCAAAAAAAUAGUGCCAAAUCUUUGCAACUUACAAGAUUUCUAAGCACCCAGGAGGCUAUUGACCGACGAAAUCACCUUUUUACAUUGGAGAAGAAGCGUCAGCAUGAGAAUGUUGGGAGAAUUGAAAAAAUAGAAGUUAAUUAUAAAGGCAUUCCCAAUGAUUGUGUAUUGGUUAUGAAUAAGGACAUUUCUACACCUUACGAUUGUGCUAGACAUCUAAGCGAGUGGCAUACAGACACAAGUGCGCUAGCUCUGUUGAACGGUUCAGUAUACUGGGAUAUGCACAGACCAUUGACUGAAAACUGCACUUUAGAGUUACAAACCUUCGAAGUUAAAGAGCCACAAGCAGUGAACAAGGCGUUCUGGCGGACUUGUUCCCUCCUACUCGGCGCGUGCGCAACUAACGCCUUCAGAGACAACGUUGAAGUGCGGCUACACAGCUUCCCUGGACCUGACAUCCGCAGCGGUUCAUUUGUCUACGAUAUCGACCUGCCAACGUUACCGGACUGGACACCGACAGAACAGGAGAUGUUCACUCUAAGCGCUGAGUUUGUAAAGUUUGUUAGACAGAAUCUAGCCAUAGAGCGGCUGGAGGUGAACCAGGAGCUAGCCCAGGAGAUGUUUGUGGAAAACCAGCAUAAAACCCAGCAGAUACCCAGUAUCGCCAGGGACAAUGGUAAAGUAACGCUAUACAGAGUUGGUAAACACGUGGAUAUAUCCAAAGGCCCUAUGAUCAGUAACACCGCGCAAGUUGGAAGGGUGGCCGUCACAGCUGUGCACAAACUUACAGCCCCCGAGGGCAGCAGGGUGAAGCAACUAUACCGGUUCCAAGGCAUAGCGCUGCCCAAUGGAGUCGUUCUCAAUCACUUCGCGUUCUCCAUACUCACUGAGAGGGCUAAGAAGUUGAAUUCAAAAUGGACUCCAUUCAACAUCGACAGAGACGACACGAGGGAAAGUGCAGCUGUCACUGCCUAGAUUAUGUAGUUUGUAUGUUAGUUGGUUUUGUAUAUAAGUUAUUAUAUUAAAAGAUUAAGAUUUUACGUC